AUGGAGUCUUACCAUGGAUUAGUGCUAUCCCCGAAGGAUGCGAUAAUACUGCUUGAGGCCUCAAGACAGAAUCUGAUUCCUACCAUACGCAGAAGACUCACCGAGCGUGAGAGAAUCGAACUAAUAAAAAAUGGAGCCGUCUUCAUAUGGAACGAAGAGGAGUCUGGGAUGAAGAGGUGGACUGACGGAAUAUCGUGGUCGGCCUCGAGAGUCAACGGGGCCUUCCUGAUGUACAAGGAGAUGGAGAAUUCAGGUCUGGGUAACCGGGACGACAGUUACCAGUAUAAAAUGAACGGCUUGAUGAAACAGAGCUUUUCAAUCACUCUGAGCACUGGAGUGAAAUUGCAUCUGAUCAGCUACGUCUCCAAUGAGUACCUGAAGGAGUAUUAUAUGAACAGACACGGCAUGAAAUCAGUUCUCAUAAGGCCUACCGAAGAUCCUAUUUUCACCACGGUCGAGCUAGAUACUUCUCUGUAUCCUUACCAGGAUGAACACAUCGACUCCACGUACGCUACCUUUGUGGACAGACGGAUUAUUCAUCCUUUGCCACAACCUUCGCAAGUUCCGCGAGCACCACAAAACAUACCACAACCGCAGCAAGUUCUUUCGCAUAUACCGCAGUCCUCAUUAAUGCAUCACCACGAAAACCAGCAUGGUCAUGCGCAGCAAUUUUCUCAAUUGCCAUCCAGUCUGCCGCAGCAAUUAUCGCACUCGCAGUUGCAAGGCCACCCGGCCAAGUAUGAAAGCUCCAAUACAAAUACAUUUUAUGCUCCUCAGAUGUCCUACAGUCUAUUGGCUCCCUCGCCACCUAAUUAUUUGGGGUCAACCGAUAGAGUCGGUGCGGCGAACAUCAUUUCCACCGCUACUGCAGCAAACACUUCAGGUUCAACUCCAUAUCCCCAAAGACCAGGUGUUUACAACAACCACAGCGAGGAUGGAAGGGUGCUGAGCUAUUUGGAUAAGAGUUUUAUAUAG